AAGCACCGAAAGCACCAAGCCCCCGGGUCAAGUCCCACGGCUUCGUCGCCAUGGGAACUUUGGGCAGCACCUGCAUGCGCGACUGCUCCCGAAGCGAUGAGGUGGAGCAACCCUUGGUGAAACUCAUUCCGCUGCUGUGUCCCAGUACCUCCGCGACGAAGAUGCCCAUCGAACGUGUGAGCUCUGCGCAGGACGGGACCGAAGUAGCGGACUCCCACAUAGAACUGCCGGUCAAUGCUGGGCAGCAGAUUUUUUUUCAGAACCAGCAGCGCGCAUCGAUCACAUCGAUCACAUCGAGCACCAGCACAAGCACUUGGAGAGCCAAGGCUGCCGAAGUUUCCGCUUCGCAGGUAGACCCGACAGUGCCACCAGUACCCAAUUGGUUUCAGGUCCUCGAACGAAAAGCCGCCGUGGAACGCGCAGGGCCCAAGGAGUCGCCACGCUUCGAGGAGCGCGGAACGCCGCUGCAGACACCACGGGAGGGCGGCGAGUUUCGAACGCCAGGCCCUACGCCUCGGCUGGAUCCCAUCAAGUCUGCACGAGAGACGGCAGUGCCACUGCCUGAAGACGAGGACCGGGAGCCAGAGGUGAGCUAUGAAGGCACCUACCUUGGGACCAUGAAGCACGGGAAGGGCCGGCUUCGGAUGCAGAACUACACCUAUGAGGGGGAGUUCCAGAAUGACAUGAAACAUGGGUUGGGCGUGCUGCAAUGGGACGAUGGUCGACGCUACGAUGGCGGGUUUGGCAACAACAAGUUCCACGGCGCUGCGGUCAUGCAAUGGCCAGAUGGCCGCAGAUAUGUGGGACACUAUCAGGAGGAUCGAAAGCAUGGGCAUGGCACCUUUUCUUGGCAGGAUGGACGGAGGUAUGAAGGACAGUGGGUGUCGGGGCGGAGGCAUGGAAUCGGAGUCUACACCAAUGCCAAGGGAUUUACCCGUCGUGGGACCUGGCAACAGGAUCGACCCAUUCGUUGGGAAGAACCCAUGGAACAGCCAUCCGCCACCCUUGCCAUGCAACGGCCCUCCUUUCAGCCCGAGAUGUUGAACGAUGAGGAGGUCAUUGAGGUCAGCACACUGUGAUGCCAACACGCUGAGAGAUGCCAACACGGAACGUGCCAGUAAUGGAUACCACUGGGAAAAUGGCGAUUUAACCAACA